CUAAUCGGACUAUAUGAAGCAUGUCUGAUUCAUUGUAGUAAAUCGGUUCGUUCGACGCUUUGUUGUAAAUUAACAGAUUACAAAAAGAUCCACAGUCUCUACAUGGAAUUUAAGACUCGUGCUCUGCUCUCACAGACAGAUGCGGUUACCAGGCAACCGCUCUUGUAGCUGUAUCAGUAUGAUGCUGUAGUGGGGGGUUGCUGUUCACUGUGAUGCUGAGCUGCUCUCCCAUUGGCCACAGCUUCCUGACCAGUGGCCUGAUUGGAUGAGUGCGUGUCACUCAGCAUCGUUGUGUCUCCCUCUCAGUGAUAUGCUUUGGAGGAGGAGUCUAUGCAGCAGAAUAGGCAGAAUGUUUACCCCUCCCUCAUUCUUUUGCACAAACAUCAGUAUGCCUACGCACAAGUCCAGCUGUCAUGUGUUUACCUCUGAUUUCAGGAAAACCCAACAGGAAUGAAUUAACCAGAAGGGUCCUCUGGGUGAAGAUGCAUCCCAACUGAGCCAAGAGAUUGUUGUGGUUUUUCUUCAGCGUUUUUUUUGUGGACUUCAUAUUCUGUAGAGUGUCAUCAGUCUCUUUGCAUGGACUUACCCCUCUUAUACCCCAUGACGCUUUGCAGCAGACCUUGAUGCUGAUGGAUGAAAAAUGGAUGGUGUGCUGCUCAUUCAUCAAACACACACACACCUUCACAGACACCUUUUGUACACACCAACUCGGCAAUGGAACUGAAUGAACAUAUCAGUAUCUGAACGCGACUGCUAGCACAGCGAUGUGACAGAAGGAUUGGUAGAGCUGCAGCCCCGCCCUUGGUUCCGUCCCAGAAUGCUGAGCCCGGUUCUCUGUUCAGACCUCGCAGCCUUGGAGCCAGAGUACACUGAGGCGGAUGUCAUCUCUACGGUGGAGUUCAACCAGAGUGGAGAGUUCUUGGCCACGGGUGAUAAGGGUGGGAGGGUUGUCAUCUUUCAGAGAGAACCACAGGGCGAAUAUAAUGUUUAUAGUACAUUUCAGAGUCACGAGCCUGAGUUUGAUUACCUGAAAAGUUUGGAGAUUGAGGAGAAAAUUAAUAAGAUUCGCUGGCUGCCUCCGCAUAACCCCGCCCACUUCCUCCUCACGACCAAUGAUAAGACCAUAAAGCUGUGGAAGGUGAGUGAGAGAGACAAGCGAGCAGAAGGCUAUAAUCUCAGAGAUGAGGAAGGCAGGCUGAAGGACCUUUCAACAAUCACCACUCUACAGGUCCCUGUCCUGCGGCCGAUGGAUCUGCUGGUGGAGGCGUCCCCACGCCGUGUUUUUGCUAAUGCUCAUGCAUAUCACAUCAACUCCAUCAGUGUUAACAGCGACUGUGAGACGUACAUGUCUGCUGAUGACCUGAGAAUCAACCUGUGGCAUCUCAGCAUCACAGACCGCAGCUUCAAUAUUGUUGAUUUAAAGCCGGAAAACAUGGAGGACCUCAGUGAGGUGAUCACAGUGGCAGAAUUUCACCCUCACCACUGCCACCUGCUGGCCUUCAGCAGCAGCACAGGAACCACACGCCUCUGUGACAUGAGAGCUCGCGCGCUCUGCGACCAGCAUGCCAAAUUGUUUGAAGAGGCAGUGGAUCCAGCCCGCCGAUCGUUCUUCUCAGAGAUUGUUUCCUCAGUGUCAGAUGUGAAGUUCAGUCACAGCGGCCGCUACCUGCUCACUAGAGAUUACCUCACCGCUAAAGUCUGGGACCUCAACAUGGAAAAUAAACCUGUGGAAACAUACCAGGUCCACGACUACUUGCGAACCAAAUUGUGCUCUUUGUAUGAAAGCGAUUGUAUUUUUGACAAGUUUGAAUGUGCUUGGAAUGGAACGGACAGCGUGAUAAUGACGGGGGCUUACAACAACUACUUCCGAAUGUUUGACCGGGCAAGCCGGCGUGACGUGACUCUGGAGGCCAGUCGGGAGGUGUGUAAGCGACGCGCCGUCCUGCAGCCGCGGCGCGUGUGCGUGGGGAAGAAACGGAAAGAGACGGACGUCAGCGUGGAUAGUCUGGACUUCAGGAAAAAAAUACUCCAUACCGCUUGGCAUCCCAAAGAAAACAUCAUCGCCAUCGCUGCCAGCAACAACCUCUACAUUUUUCAGGACAGACUGAUGGCCAACGGACAUCACAACACACCGGAAUUACAAAGUGCACCUCCCAAAUGACAUACGUUUCACGCUCCUGUGGCACAAAACACGUGCUAGAUUUGAUCCAUUCAAUUGCCCUUUAUUAUCACAUUUCCCAACUGCAUUCAGUGUCGCCAGCAUCAGAACAAUCUCAAAAACUAUUAAGAACAUAUAUAACCCCAACAAUUGAAUGAUAGAAACUAUAACUGUGGUCCUGAAUGAGAAUGUACCGCUCAGAUUCAGUGCUAUAGCAUGGCAUGCAGUAUGAACACUGGGGUUAGAUAAUGUUCAGCUACCCUGAAACAUACAGAUCGCACAUGCAUGUUUACAAAGCUGUUUGCUCAUGAACAGGGCUUAUUUAUCAACGAUGAUUGUAAAUGAAUCAGAGCCUUUAUGAUGCUUUAUAGCGCUCUGCAGUGCUUGUAUGUGUCUGUUCUUUCUUCUCAGGCUUGGGUUUUCUUCAGUUUUCUUUGGUUUGACAAACUGCUCAGGGACUCUCUAAGGCCUCUUCCUAUGUUCCCACCAAAAUGAAAUCCAGAACAAGCAGAGGACAGGAUGCAGGAAUUAUGGAGGUCUGCUGAGAGACAUUGCUGGAAGGAAAACAGCAUGUGCAGGGAUCAGUUUCAAUGCUGAGUCAUCACCACCCCCACCUCAGUGUGUAAAGAACAUUCCCAGUUCGACGCUUUUGACCACAUACUUACAGGCAUUUGCAAGCUAGUGCACUGGUUUGAUGAUUUUAUUUAAUAUGUUGAAGAAAUAGCUCAGCCAAAAAUGAAAUUCUCACCCUCAUGUCAUUCCAAAUCUGUUUUUUUUUUUUUUUUUCAGUCUGUGGAACACAAAAACAGAAAUUCAGCAGGGUGUUCAUGCUGCUCUUUUCCACACAAUAUUUAAAAAUAUACAGUAACUUCAGUAUCUCUCAAGCAUCAUUGCAAUUCUGCGUUUUCAAAAUCGGCACAGUUACGAGACAUGCAAGUGUAACAGACGUAGGCUAGUAAGAGCUGUGCGUGUAAACCUCACUUCUCUGAUCUCAAGAGAUGCUCUAGCAACUGACGCUAGAGGUUGCAGCCUUUUUAUCCUCCUUGUUAUAGCGUCCGACUCCCAUGUGGACGGGCCCGCAUUCGUGUCCCUUUUGGAGCAGGCAGGUGCGAACUGGAGGGGCUUCAUUGGUGCCGUGACCUGAAUAGGAGUGAGGUUUAGGGGGGUGAGUGUAACAGAAGUAGGCUAGUAAGAGCUGUGCAUGAAAACCUCACUCCCCUGAUCUCAAGAGAUGCUCUAGCAACUGACACUAAGGGUUGCAGCCUUUAGCCUCCUUGUUAUAGCGUCCGACUCCCAUGUGGACGGGCCUGUGUUCGUGUCCCGUUUGGAGCGGGCAGGUGCGAACUGGAGGGGCUUCAUUGGUGCCGUGACCCGGAUGGGAGUGAGGUUUAGGGGGGUGAGUGUAACAGAUGUAGGCUAGUAAGAGCUGUGCAUGAAAACCUCACUCCCCUGAUCUCAAGAGAUGCUCUAGCAACUGAUGCUAGAGGUUGCAGCCUUUAGCCUCCUUGUUAUAGCGUCCGACUCCCAUGUGGACGGGCCCGUGUUCGUAUCCUGUUUGGAGCGGGCAGGUGCGAACUGGAGGGGCUUCAUUGGUGCCGUGACCCGGAUGGGAGUGAGGUUUAGGGGGGUGAGUGUAACAGAUGUAGGCUAGUAAGAGCUGUGCAUGAAAACCUCACUCCCCUGAUCUCAAGAGAUGCUCUAGCAACUGACACUAGGGGUUGCAGCCUUUAGCCUCCUUGUUAGUGUGUCCGACUCCCAUGCGGACGGGCACAGGUUCGCGUCCCACUUGGAGCAGGCAGAUUUAAACUAGAGGGGCUACACAAGGACAAUAUAGUUAUUACUGACGUCAAACAUAGUAAGCUGGAAUAUGUGCAAGUGUUUUUUAACGGUAAAAUGGAGGGGACCAUUUUUAGCCAACUUGAAGGCCACUCCCAGUCGCAGAACCUGAUUUUACCAAGUGAAUCAUGUUUCUGGAUCAUCGUCUUUGUUGAUCCUGGAACAACAUUCCAAUCAACCAAUCAGAUUUGAGGACAAGUUUACGGUUUAUAUCAAGUACAACCAGGGUUACGUACCUCUGCGCCAGUGUUAUUCACCUAUUAUUUCCUUUUGAUUUUAGGGAUAACUUAUGGGUAGGAUUAGGUUUAGAGGUAGGGAUAUUUUAGGAUAAAAAUAUGUUGACCCAGGAACAUGUCUAACUCAGCAAGAUCAGGGCAUGCCUCCCAGACUGCUCUUUUUGAAUAGGCUUGACCAGAGCCAAAUACUGCCUUGCUUGAGUAGGAAAUACUACUUAGCAAACAUUUAGACUUGUAUUGUUCCUGGGUGCAAGAAUUCAAAGAGUAAACGAGUUAUUUUCUGAUUCCAGUGAAGGAUCCAAUACAUUGUAGUCAAUCUAACUGUAUGUGGGCAGGGAUACAAAAAUGCAGAAGUACAAUCUCUAGUUUUGCAUGAAAUUCAGCCCUGGAGCUGUCAGUCAGACUUUUGCUGACAAAUACAUUUCUCAGUCCAGGUAACACAGAGAAACAGUAAACAUUGUUCAUUAACAUAUACUUUGGCAUUGUAACAAUACAAAGCGACUUGAAAAUCAGCUAACUUACACUUUGGUUCGAUGCAUCGGAUGUUUAUUGAAUGGAGGCAGAUCUGAAUGCGAGUUUGUGGUUGAUUGUAAGAAAGGGGUGGGGUUUAAAUGACUAAAUGUUUGGAAAGAUUCUGUGUAUGUCCUCAGAGAAAAGUCGUUUUAACCAGGAAAUGGAAUUAUUUAUGAAUUACAGAAAAUUAAACAUAUGCAUUGAUGAUUUGAUCAAAAACAUUUUUUUUUUUAGGGGUCAUGACAUGGAUUUUUAAAUUAUUUUAAUAUGUUCCUUUAGGUUCACUUAUAUUGUUAAUAAUAGUUUUUUGCAUGCACACAUACAAAUACAUAUGUGGAAAAAAUAUUUUCAACCUUCAUUCUGACCCUCUGUCUGAAAUGAUCCAUUUUUAAGGGGCGGCUUAUUUAAGGCUUGUCAGUAAACAGACACUGUUAUGACUGGAUAACAUCACUGCAUAUGAAAACAGUAUCAACGACCACUCGCUAAUGCACGUGAGUAAGUGUUUUGAAUACAUUGUCCAUAUAAAACCGUAAUUUAUAGACAAAGCGUUAUGAAAUAGUUUACAUGCGAAAUGGCAUCUGUAUACUGUAUCCAGUGUAGACAGCAUCAGUGAGUAAUUAUAUUGGGUUCUGUUUUUUUUUUUUUUUUGAUGCAAAGCUCACAUCUAUAAAUGCUUUGUUUAUACUGAGGACAUUUUAAACUCUGAAACUUGCAGGAUGGCCUAUUAUAUGUCAAAAUAUCAAGGCAAAUUUGAUUUCUCAUGUCAUGACCCCUUUAAAUUUUGGUCUGUUCCUCACACUACACUAAAACAAAUGGUAACACAUUUUUUAAGUUCAAUAAAACCUUUCUGGAGCUUGGUAAACCCAGGUGAACAUUCUUCAAAACUUCUCUUUGAAACGACAUGAGGGUGAGUAGAUGAAAGAAAAAAAUGGCUGAACGAACCCUUUAAUACUUCAGAGAAAGCUAAAUCACAGCUUUGAUGUAAGAAUCCAAUUCCCCUGUAUGAACUAUUUUCAGCAUGAUGCCUUGUUGGUACCUUUAGAUCUGCAUUAUUUAUAUGACAGAAUCAGUGUCCACAAGAGGGCGUUCACAGUGAUUGUGUUUAUAUCCUGAAAUGUGUUCAAAUACAAAGGAAACCUGAACUGAA